UACAAUACCUCGCAUCCUGCAGUGCAUAGUGCAUUAGUGUACAUCCAAGCAUUCUUUCAUUUCAUCUCGCUGUCAGUUUAGUUCGUCGGUUGCAAGAAAAGUUGACUCGUUUUCGUAUAUCUAGUUUCCAAUACCUACAUAUAUUAUCGAUGAUAUGCAACAGAGAUCUAUGAAUAAGUAUAUGGUAUAACUUGUGAAGUAAUUGCAACUGAAGUCUGAAAUGCGUUCAUUUUACCCAAUUUGUGCAUUAAUAUUACUUUAUUGCAAUGAAUAUACGGCGAAUAAUGAGGUUCGAUUUUUAUACGAUAAGAAGAAUGUGACAAAAUAUGACGAUAAUGUCACAACGGAGUUUUUUUCGUCUUUCGCUCAUUCGACAUUCACAUUUCUGGGAUAUAAUCUGAACGGCAGCUUCACCACGAUAAACUACCUCGACACUAAAGAAAUAUCGAAGCCUACAACAUCGAUCAACAAUUGCAGCAUCGAAGCUCAGAAAGUACUGGAAAGUUUACUCACACAUUUACGAAUCUAUCCUCCAUACACUGUAUUCUACGUAAUAACAAAUCAAACAUCGCCAUGUAAUGAUCCCUUCAUAAUUGACCAAAUUAUGGAACAAAUACAAAUCAAACGAUCGGAGGUAAACUUUUUCAUCGAAGCAGAGUUCUCUCCUCAAGCUGACUCCCUUGAAAAUUACAGAUUGAUUAGUUCGAUAAGCAACGGGCUCGUAUUUCGUCCAAAAUCGUUUACAUUAAUGCAGUUUGCGAGCUCGAAGUACUUGCGAUUCAAUUCCAUGUCCCAAAAAGCAAAUCUACUAGCGAUUUCUGGCACAGAUAAUGGCACAUACUGCAUGAAAAUAGAUUCACUUUUGAAAACUAACAUAGAAGACAUGGUAUACAGCAGUUUUGAUUCGAACGAAUUUGAGAUAAUACCACCUUUAAAACCCAAUCGAACAACCGUCAUUAAUACGAUGAGAAGAAAAGGCUCUAAAAACAAAAUGCAAGCAAUAACGACUGCGGAGAUAUGCCUGGAAGUUCGUAAAAUAUCCAAUAAUUCAGAUCAUCCUUCUUUUUUUAUGCUACGAGGGAUCGGCGAGAGCAUUUUCGAUUUUAGCUAUGGGUUUUCCACGGAGCAAGUUCGAUUCAUGAAUGAGACAUAUCGAAGGCCAAUAAAAGAUAAAUCAAACAAAAUCUACGUAUCAUCGAUCGAUAGAGACAAGUAUUUUGAAUUUGAUUAUUUUACGUUACUUUUUCCAAAUGGCACUACUUUCGGAGAAGAAAUGCCUCUAGAACCGAUACCAGACACCGAUCUGUGUGUAGGAUCAUUCGAACCCCCGAAUAAGGAAUACUUCUACAUAAAAGUCACAGCAUACGUGCAAUGUGAAAAGGUCUCAAGAAUAUCUUCAACUGCAAUGAACGCUGCAGAAGGGUUUGGCGAAGAACACCAUAAUCCGACGUUCGAACAUAAACCAUUAUUUCAACGCGAUCCAAUUAAACGCUACGUCAUACCAACAUAUCAAUAUUAUUAUCCAGCAACUUCCAAAUCAAUAAACGAAACGCUAUCAUUAACGAAUGCUGUGCUAAUCAUUGUAGUUGCGAUAUUAACAGUUGUAGUUUUUACAAUUUUGGCUAUUAAAAUUAUCGAUGCGCGCUGGCCGAUUCCUGAUCACUCGCAGCGCUCCGGAGAAAUACCACAACCACUUGGAAUAGAACAAGCUCGUCGUCGAGCGCAGCCAAACAUUUAUACUCGUAUUUCUAGGUCCGUUCGUAGAGAUUAAUAAAAAUGUAGAAAAUUAAAUAAACCUAUUAUAAUCACAGAUUGGUCCAUUUU